AUGUAUGGAGGCGAUCCCAAGAUGGAGCAGUUCAUUGAGGAGACCAAGAGGACAGGCCAGCAGAUCCUCAAUGUGACGACGAAGACAGCUGAUGUCACGGCGAAGACAGCUGCAGCAGUGGACAUCCUGGCAAAGCUGCAGCGCACACAGUUCCGAUACACUGCGAGCAAGGCGUCAACCUCCCGGAAGGGUGACGACUUCAAGAAGAAGCUGGAGAAGUUCUAUGAGAACACUCCAGAUGAGGAGAUGAAGCUGCGCUGCAUGCUGUUGGAUAUCAAGCUGCCCAAGACCCUGGUUACCGGUGCGCACCUCUUCAAGUAUUGCUGGCAUGGACACAUUAACACGUUGCUGGGUCUCAAGCCUCGUGAGAUCAAUAACCCACGCAACGGAUUACUGCUGUUCAAGCCACUUGAGUAUGCAUACGACGAUUCCCGAUUCGCCAUCAAUUGCAAAGAUGGCGAUGAUGGGCCCGUGUUUUUUAUGGUGCUGCUCGACACGGGGCUUAAACACGUCAAGGUGUGGGACUUCGCUGUGCACCACAACCUCACCAAAGGCUACAGUGUAGAGCAGCUCGACCCGAAGGUGUCAACGAUCACGUUUGGUGACCUUGACGGCACGGAGCUGGUGCUGAGCAACAAGCAUCAUCACCCUUACAAGCGGUCCCUUGCCUUCCAGGCCAUGAUGGCCACGGAGCGGGCAGUGGAGGAGGAAUGGCAGCCAGCCAACAGGCCACCGAUGGAGAUUCUCAGUUGCAUAUCCUUAGAGGCGAAGGUGAACUUCGAUGCAUGGCUCGAAAUGGCUGCACAUGCGCCACCUCCGAUGGCUACGGAGAGCCUUGAUGAUGAUGACGAGUAAUGGUGCAGCUCUGCAGAUUCCCCCAAACCCAGCUCGGCCAACAGUAGGCCACCCACAGGAGCUGGCUGACAUCUGGGUGCUGUGGCGCCCAGAGCAUGGGUUGCUUUCAAGACUUAGGGAGGAGAAGGGGUGCUGGCGGUUGGGCAGGCUCCAAGUGUGGCUGAGGAGGUUUAAGUGUCAUGGUCUCGGUCUUGGGUGGUUAGGCUAGGCUGUGUCUCCAACCUGUAGUAAGGUUGCUGCAGUACUCCUUUUUUGGUAGCGGCUUGGGCAUAUGGCCCUUCCUGCUCUUCCUUUUUUUGUGUGAGUGUGGGUGGUGAGUGUUCAGCUGGCUUUUCCUGCUAGGUGGCCCCGAAUGCAGGUUGCAUUGCAGGCCCUUUUUGGGUAUGACUGCGCAGUUUUGUUAGCAGGCAGUGUGGAGGCGCCCGGCUGGUGUGCAGCUUGGCUGCAGUGUAAGGGUUCUCGGCAGCUGUUCCCUGCCCCUUGGUCCCUGCCCUUUCAUAGUGUUGUAUGACGACUUUUUCAGAUAAGAAUCGAACCGUGG